AUGAAAAUUAAAAAUAAAAUAAAAAAGGUUUCAUUUAAGGAUCCAGAAAUAUAUGAAAAUAUUGAGAAUGAUAAACAUGAAUUUAAUGAAAAACCUUACAGCAAAAAUAAUGAUUCCAUCUCUUUAACUAAUGAAGAAUUAAAAAUUCUUUUAGAAAAUUUCAAUCCUAUAGAUUAUGGUAUUACAGAAAAAUUAAGUGAAAGUGAAAAAAAAAUAGUGAUUAAAGAAAUUUAUGAAAAAGAAAAUGUAAAAUCUCCCACAUUAAAUCAAAAUAAAAUAAAGAAUAACAUUGUAAUAAAAGAAAAUAUAAAAAAUGAUGAAUUAAAAAAUACAGAAGUUAUAAAAAAAGAUAAAUUAAAAAAAAAAAAGAAUAAAGAGGAUUCCUUAUCAUACUUAGAUGGAGAUUGUUAUUUCCCAAAUGAUGGUUAUGAUUAUGAGCAACAUUUAAAGCCAAUAAGUAAAAAUUUUAUAGAAAUAAAAACAAAAAAAGAAACCAAUUUUUUUGAGAUAAAACCUAAUAAUGAAGAGGAAAAAGAAGUAUAUGAAGCCUUUGAAAUGGAUAAUUUAGAAGAACUGAAUGACAAUUUUGUAUAUGAAGCACAAAAUGUUAAUGAUAUUGAAAAAUUAGAAAUAGAUAAGGAAUUAAUUUGGGGUAAUCAAGAUUCAUAUUUAUUUUUAAAUAGUAUUGAAUAUUCGAAUACUUUAAAUAAUAUCCAAAAUGGAGAUAUAAAAUAUGAAAAUGUUAAAGAAGAUAAACUUUAUUCAUACAAUUAUUCUAAUGAUAUUAUUGAUGAAAAUGUUGAUUAUAAUAAUAAUGAUCACAUUAUAUUUGAUAAAAAAUUAAAUUCUUUUAAAAAUAUAAAAGAUAAUGAUAUAAUCUCUGAAAAUGAAAAAGGAAAAAAAAAUGAAAAAAAUGAAAAAAAUUUUGACUCUUUUAAAUUAAGUGAUUUAAUUGAGCAUAAGUUAAAAAAAGAUGAUGAUAAAAAUAAUGAAAAAAAAAAAAUAAAAAAAAAAAAAAAAAUAAAUAAUUGUAAAAGUUCAGAAAUAUUUGUUAAUUUAAAUGCUGAAGAUAAAAAUAAAAUAUUGCAAAUUUUAAAUUCACAAGAAAAUGAAAUAAUAAAUGAUGAAGAUAAUUCUUUUUCAGAAUAUUCUAAAGAAGAAUCAAGCUAUGAUUGUGAAACUAUUUUAACAACAAAAACCAACACAACUAAUCAUCCAUAUAAAUUAAUUAUACCUAAACAAAUUAAAGCAAAACCAAUAUUAAAUAAUAAUAAUAUUAAUAUUAAGAAAAAAGAAAGUGAUAAUAAAAAUGAAUCAUUAAAACUUGAACGUUAUUUAAUCUUAGAAAAAAUAAAAACUACAAGGGAUAAAAAUGAAACACCAGAAGAAAAAAAAGAAAGAAAAAAAGCUGUAAAAGAAGCACAGAGAUUAAAUAGAAAAUUGAAAAAGGAAAAUUCUCUACUUAUGAAGAAUGAACAUUAUUACUUAUUCAUUAAAAAUAAUUCCUUUUUCUUUUUUUUUUUUUUUUUAUAG